AAAAAAAAAAAAAAGAAGUUUGUCUUGAUUCUCUUUGCGCAAAGACAAUAAAGAAGGAAAACAUUUGUCUCCCACGUGAAAUCAUAAACCGUCAUCUGAACAAAUCAGCCUACAGAUUAUCAGUCUAACAUAAAGGGGGGUGUCGGUGUGACGGGGGGAGACGUCAGGAGCCGCGGCGCCGCUGUGAGCGCAGAGCAGGACAAGCAAGAACCACCAGCCGUGCCAAGGUGCUCUCUCGCGCUCUCUCUCUCUUUCUCUCCAAACUCCUUCGCGAGCUUGAGGAGCGGAACCGGGAGCCGAGCGGGAGCGGAAGCAGCGCGGGGGCAUGAUGAACAACAGGUCUCUGACUCCGCGGCUCGCCGGAGCCGUGGACCACGAGCUCGUCAUCACCUCCACCUUCGGAACCCUGCUGUCCGUGGUCUACAUCAUCGGCGUGUCCGGGAACGUGUACACGCUCGUGGUGAUGUGCCACUCCAUCCGCUUCGCCACCUCCAUGUACAUCUCCAUCAUCAACCUGGCGCUCGCGGACCUGCUGUACCUGUCCACCAUCCCCUUCGUGGUGUCCACCUACUUCCUGAAGGACUGGUACUUCGGCGACGUGGGCUGCCGCAUCCUCCUCAGCCUGGACCUCCUCACUAUGCACGCGAGCAUCUUCACGCUCACCGUCAUGUGCACGGAGCGCUACCUGGCCGUCACGCAGCCGCUGGACACGGUGCGGCGCUCCAAGAGCUACCGCAAGGCUCUCGCGUGGGGCGUGUGGCUGCUGUCGCUCGUGCUCACCGUGCCCAUGAUGGUCAUGGUGGCGCAGACGACCAAGAAGGCGUCGGACGGCGGCGUGAAGAGGAUGUGCGCGCCCACGUGGGCUCCCCUGGCGUACAAGGUGUACGUGACGGUGCUGUUCGGCACCAGCAUCAUGGCGCCGGGCCUCGUCAUCGGCUACCUGUACGUGCGCCUGGCGCGCACCUACCUGGAGUCGCAGCGCAACGCGGCCAUCAGCAGCGGCGGCGGCGGCAGGCGCUCCCCGAAGCAGAAGGUGCUCAUCAUGAUCUUCACCAUCGUGCUGGUGUUCUGGGCGUGCUUCCUGCCCUUCUGGAUCUGGCAGCUGCUGCCGCUGUACCACGCCGAGCCGCUGAGCCUGGCCUCGCAGACGCACACGUGCAUCAACUACCUGGUGGCGAGCCUCACGUACUCCAACAGCUGCAUCAACCCGUUCCUCUACACGCUGCUCACCAAGAACUACCGGGAGUACCUGAAGAACAGGCACAGGAGCUUCUACAAGUACACGUCGUCGUUCAAGCAGCGGCCGCCCAGCCUGCACUCCUGGGGCAAGUCGGCGUCCUCCAGCAACCAGUACGAGUUCAACUCCGAGACGCUGGUGAUGGGGACGCUCAGGUGACUUCUUUCUUGGAGGAGGGGAAGAGGCGGGGAGGCUCCUAGAGACAGGAAGUGCUACAAGGCUCGUCCGAGCGGCACUGGACGCGGCGCCGUCGUCCGCGGCGACGCCUCAGGGCAGGGAGGGGUCGGAGAUGGCGUGACUGGGGUUACAAGUGAAGGAGACG